AUUUUCUAUUUUAGAACUUUCCAUUUAUCUUGUUAUUUGAAAAUAUAUCUUAAUACUUUCUUUUAAUCUUAUCUAUAUAUUUUCAUUUCUUUUUAAUACCAUACAAUUCAAAACCUCUUUUUGUAAAAUACCCCUCUAUCUAUUUGAUUUUUCUACACAGUGGAAUCAAAAUGGGAAUUUUUUGUGUAUUGCAUAGCAAAAUCAAAGAGACAUGAUAUAUUAAAUUUAUUUCUACCUUUAUCUUUAAAAAACUCAUUUGCACAAUAAUACAUAUUUACGGGUUUUGUUCCUUUGAGAUUGCUACUGAUAAUGACAUGUUGUGAGGGAAAAUAUCUCUACCAGUAGAAAUUUUAAAAGGACAAACUAGUAUCUUGUUAAACGAGAUACUCUUAUGAGAUCGUUUUUCGGUGAGAAAAAAAGAGCUCAUAUUCUCAUAACAUGUAUUAGGAAGUAUGAGAAAUUAGAAGUAUAAGACAAGUUGCUCAGUAAUACCGUCUCAUAUAAUAGUUUUCGUAUUUUUAUAGCUAAAAGAACAACACUUUUCGAGAAAGUCUAAGUUUAGGUAGUGUCACAAAAAAGACCAGUCAAAACUCCUGAUAAGGAUGGGAUUCUUUAGAAAAAGAAUGGAAAAUAUUUAUAUUCUACCGUACUUUCCUAGAAUCAUAUUCAGCCACCAUUUUUUGUCUCCAUUCAUGCAAUGGCUGCCUGCUACAUGCUUAAUUACUAUUACUACUCCUUAAUUUACACAUGCCCAAUAAUUAGUACAGACUAAAGAACAUUAUAAUUCACUUUUAUGCCCUCAAAAUCUAACCCCACCAAACUAACUAAUCUCACUAUUAUCCAUCAUUAAUGUUCAAAAUCCCCCACCAAAAAUAAUGAACUUUCUCAUACACAAACCAUGUCUCAUCAUCUGUUCUUCCCUCUUUUCUCUCUAAUCUUUUUUCUCCUGCUUUUUUCAGUUACUUCGCGCCAAAAUUCUUACAGAAUUCUAAAAUCUUCCUCUUCAUCUUCAUCAUCAUCAUGUCCUCUGAACUUCAAAGAUGUAAAACCUCUGCUACAAUUAUCAAAUGUGAAUCCCUCAAAUGAUCUUGAUUCAAAUUGUGCAAGUAUUCUUGGGGUUUUAAGGAUAAUUCUUUCUGAGUAUCUUAACUUAACUGGGUCAUUUUACCCACCUCUUAACUUGGCUGAGUCAUGCUGGAACUCGUAUGACUCGGCUGUUGACUCGUUUAUCCCGGGUUUCAAGAUUCGAUCUUCUUGUGGGUUUCGAACUCAAUGGAUUUCUGAAGGGUGUAUGAACAUCUCGACGAAAUCUGAGUUCGAAAAGCUUGUUCAACCUGACUUAAACGAUGUCGUUUCGAACUGUAAUCAGUCUCUGUAUGACAGUUUUUGUGCUACUUGUCUUACAAGUAUUGCUACAAUGAGGAUUUCUUAUUUGACAGGUGCUAAUAAUGGUAAUAUUUCUGAUUGUACGAAUAUGCCAUUUAUUUAUGUUUCUGGCGUGAUUAAUCAGUAUGGACCGUCUGAUCCUGGAACUGCUAAGUGUUUACUGUCACUUGAUCUGUCCUCUGAUGAAAAUGGUAAUAGUUUGAAGAAAAGAUUGUUGAUUUCUCUUAUUUCAGUUGUGAGUUUUGUUGGGUUGUGUUGUUUUAUUGGUGGGUUUUUCUAUUAUUUGAGGUUGAAGAAGGAAAAAGAGAGAAAAGCUAGGAGAAAGAGGAGGAUGGGCCGGGUUGGGUCUGGGUCUGGGUCUAAUCUUCAAUCAAUAAAUGGAAGUACCCAUUUGAUAAAAUAUAGUUUAGAUGAGAUUAAACAAGCAACUAAUAAGUUUCAUAGAGAUAAUUUGAUUGGUAAAGGGGGGUAUGGGAAUGUGUAUAAGGGUGUGUUGCCUAAUGGUGCUGAUAUUGCUGUUAAGAGGUUUAAGAAUUGUUCAGCUGCAGGAGAUGCUGGUUUUACACAUGAAGUUGAGGUUGUUGCUAGUAUUAGGCAUGUAAAUCUUGUGGAAUUGAGAGGAUAUUGUGUUGCUACUACUAAUUUAGAAGGUCAUCAAAGGUUGAUUGUGUGUGAUUUGAUGCCAAAUGGGAGUUUACAUGAUCAUCUCUUUGGGGAAUUUGCGUCGGAAAAGAAGCUAAGUUGGCCGAUAAGACAAAAAAUCGCAUUAGGAAUGGCUAGAGGAUUGGCUUAUUUACAUUACGGAGCUCAACCUGCUGUUAUUCAUCGCGACAUUAAAGCUAGCAAUAUACUUUUGGAUGAAAAUUUCGAGGCCAUAGUAGCGGAUUUUGGGUUAGCUAAGUUUAACCCUGAAGGGUUCACACAUUUGAGUACAAGGGUAGCUGGGACAUUGGGUUAUGUUGCUCCUGAAUAUGCCCUUUAUGGGCAGUUAACUGAGAGAAGCGAUGUUUUCAGCUUUGGUGUUGUGUUGCUAGAACUAUUGAGUGGUAAAAAGGCCAUCUUAUCGGGGAAUGACGAACAAGGACAACCAUUAUUAGUGACUGAUUGGGCGUGGUCAUUAGUACGAAAAGGGCAUAUAUUAGAUGUCAUAGAGGAAGAAAUGCCAGAGUUAGGAUCUGAUCAAAUAAUUGAGAAAUAUGUAUUGACAGCGGUUUUAUGUUCGCAUCCUCAGUUGUAUGCUAGGCCUACGAUGGAUCAAGUUGUAAAGAUUUUAGAGACAGAUUUACCAGUUCCUUGUAUCCCUGAACGACCAAUUUCUUUCACUGCUGAGCUUGAGGAUAUAGAGAGGUCUUUUAGUAAUAAUGGUUUUGGUCAUUUUUCGAUUUACUAAGGGUUUUCAGGUUUAUUUAUUGUGAAAAUUUGGUCUUCAUUGCCACAGUAAAGAAGAAAAAAAAAACAGAUGAUCAUGUCAAAAUUGAGUUGAUCAAAGUCCAUUAUUUUUCUAGUAUAAUUUUCUUCGAAAAUUUGACACUUAAUGUGUCUUUUUUCUUUGAUGAACACAUAAUUUUCCUGGAAAAGAAAAAAAUAGGAAGAUAUUGUAUAUAUGAAGACUAAUAUACUUUUUUAUUAGGAGUACUUGUAAUUCAUUUGGUUAAUCAUUAGCUUGAGUUCGCCUAUAUGCCUUUAUAUACCAUAUAACACAAUUUGAUGAUUUAA